AUGAGUUACCACGCCGAGGACUUGGUAAAGCUGCAGCAGUAUUCCGCUUGUGAUAUCUCGGACGCACUCCUCAAGUUAAAGGUUCCCGGCGCCGGCUUUGUUGCCGAUCUGAACCUAUACAGCUCUCCUGAAGGUGAUGCAACAUCGGUUACCGUUGCUCCAGUUUCAACAGUUCUCUUCGCCGCAAAGGGACAGAAUGUCCCAGAAAUACAAAAGAACAUCCCUGAGGGAACCCAUUGGGCCGAUCUGACAGAACCAGGAACCAUUGUGGUUCUCAAGCAGCCCGAUGGUCAAAAGAAUGCUGUUUGUGGUGGGAUCAUGGCGGUUCGCAUGAAAGUGUGCCAAGCCAAGGGCAUUGUUGUAGCUGGGCGAGCCAGAGAUAUAGCGGAACUAAAGAGUACUUCCUUACCAAUUUGGGCUCGAGGGCUGUCCACCGUUGGGGUCGGUGGAGGGAGCGUGCCCUGGGCGAUCCAGGUACCUCUCGACAUUGAUGGAACCCUCGUCUCUCCUGGCGACCUUGCAUUUAGCGAUCCAAUCAACGGGGUGGUGGUCAUUCCUCAGAACAAGGUUUCUGAGGUCCUCGAAUUGCUGCCCAAGCUGACAGCCGCUGAUGAAAAGGUCAAGGACGAUGUGCUCAAAGGUGCAACGGUUUUUGAGUCCUUCAAGCUUCAUCGAAGCAAUCUUUGA